UUUCGGGAGCAGUUCUCGCCCUUUGUGCAUCGCUACAAGUGGGGCCAGGACCAGUACGGGGAGCAGAUGCUUCAGUACCAAGGGCGCACUGAGCUGCGGAAGGACGGCCUUGCCAAGGGCAGCGCGGACUUGAAGCUUUUCCAUGUCCGACCAUCUGACACAGGGACUUACACCUGCUUUGUUCGCCGUGGCUCAGAUUACGACAAGGCUAAGGUGGAGCUCAAGGUGACAGAUCCCUUUUUCGAAGAUACCCAUCCUUGGAGGACUGCCCUGGGCGUGGUCCUGGUUGCUGUCAUUGCUCUCCUUAUUAUGACUGUUUAUCUCUUUAGAAUUAAAGGGAACGUGGUUCUGGAUCCAGACAAAGCCCACUGUGAGCUUGUUGUGUCUGACAAUGGCAAAAGUGUGACACGAGGUGACCCACGAGAGGACAUCCCUGACACCUCCAACAGAUUUAACCUGCAGACCUGCGUUCUGGGCCGUGACGGCUUCACCUCUGGGAGACACUACUGGGAGGUUGAGGCGAAAAAGGAUACAGGAACAUGGGCUGUGGGGGUCUCUAGAGAAGAUGGGAAAAGGAAGAGUUAUUUUACUUUGAAACCAGAGGAAGGCAUCUGGGCAGUGGGGAAACAGGGAGAAUGGUUGAAAGCUUUCACCUCCCCUCAUCCUACUUCGUUUCCUGCAAUCCAGGCUCCCAGGUGGAUCAGGGUCUCUCUGGAUUAUGAAGAGGGACGGGUGUCAUUUUUCAGUGUUGAUAAGGGGAUUCACAUCUUUACAUUUUCACAGGCAUCAUUUGGGGGGAGAAAAGUCUACCCUUGUGUCUGGGUGGGUCAUGAGACAUGUCUGAAAAUAUGGCCCUGAUGAAGAGGAGGCAGUAAGAGAAGGUUCUCCAAGGGCAGAGAUCUCGUUACCUCUCUGGACCUCUCUUCCAUACUGCAUCUCUCUAAGAUCUUUCUCUGAGGCCAGACAGGCUGUUCUGGUUCCGGUGCAGAUCAGUGGGAGAGGCCAUGGCCAAGAUGAUACCACCUCACAUCAUUUCCAGGUGUGUGGAAAAGGAACUUUCUCUCUUGCUUCUGAGGGCAAGAGUUCCUUAAGUGUGGAGGCUGGAACCAUUGUUCCAUUG